AGGGCGGCGGGCAACGAAUGCACUUCCGACGGCGCUCGGUCAUGCCCCCGACUUUCCUCCCCUCCCUCCCGGCGCCGCGCGGGGCUCCCGCCCGCUGACACCGCCGAGGCGGCUCGCACGGCGGCGGACAGCGGCGCGGCCGCCCGGGGAUGGCCGCCGGGGCCGCCCCCGCCCAGCGCCGCCGCUGAGACGCAGCGGGGCACGGCCAGCCCGGAUCUAAUCUGGCUACUGUGUUCUGGAAGAGGAGGAGAGAGAGACAGCAGGAGAGAGAGGAGAGAGCAAGGAACAUCGCAGAUAACAAGCCCGCGCCAUGCAGUCCUUUCGAGAAAGGUGUGGUUUCCAUGGCAACCAGCAGAGCUACCAGCCGACUUCACAAGAUACAUCACGCCUGGAGAAUUACAGGCAUCAAAGUCAGGCAGGGCCGAACUGCGAGCGGCAGAGGCUGGUGGCGAAGGAGUACUACAGUCAGCAGCAACUGCCGUACUCGGGCUACGAGAACAGCGCCGUGGAGAAAUACCACCGGGGAAACAAGCAAUUAGCGGGGCAGCAGCUGCAAGGCAGGCCGGCCUUUUCCAAUUACGCCGUGCAGGAGAACAGCCCCUACCCGGCCCGCUAUUCGGGGGACGAGAGCCUGCAGGCGUGGGGCAGCCAGCCGCAGGCGCUGCCCGGCGGCGUGGCCAAGUAUGAGGACAGCCUGAUGAAGAAGACGGCGGCGCCGGCGGGCGGGCGGCCCUACCACGAGCCGGCGGCGGCGACCCCGCUGCCCUUCCGGACUCACUUCCAGCAGCAGCAGCAGCAGCAGCCGCCCGCGCUCCCCUACCCCAAGCUGCAGCGGCAGAAGCUGCCCAACGACGUCUCCUCGCCCAUGCCCUUCCCGCAGAGCCCCCAUUUCGGGCAGCACUCGCAGUCCUUCCCCGCCUCCUCCACCUACUCCUCGGUGCCGGGGGGCAGCCAGCCGGCGCACUCCUACAAGAGCUGCACGGCCCCCUCGGGGCAGCCGCCGCUGGAGCGGCCCCUGGGCAGCGCCGCCAGCCUGGCCCCCGGCCCCCGCGUGCCCAACCUGCACGGCUACCAGCCCAACCGCAUCGGCUACGAGCAGCCCCCGCAGCCCCCGCCGCAGCCCCCGCAGCCCCCGCCGCCGCCGCAGCCCCCGCAGCCUCCCCAGCCCCAGCCUCAGCCCUUGCAGGGGAGGCAUCACGCCCCGGAGACCCUCCACUACCAAAACCUGGCCAAGUACCAGCAUUACAACCAGCCGGGGCAGACCUACUGCCAGGGCGACGCACCGCCCGUCCGGACGCCGGAGCAGUACUACCAGACCUUCAGCCCCAGCGCCAGCCACUCGCCGGCACGCUCUGUCGGCCGGUCGCCGUCCUACAGCUCCACGCCGUCCCCGCUGAUGCCCAACCUGGAGAACUUCCAGUACAGCCAGCAGCCGCUGAGCGCCGGCGCCUUCCCGGCCGGCAUCGCCGACCACAGCCAUUUCAUGCCGCUGCUGAACCCUUCUCCCACCGACGGGACGAGCCCGGAUGCUCAGUCCGGGAACUGCAAGAACCUGCCGAAGGAGAAGCUGCCCGAAAACCUGCUGUCGGACCUGAGCCUGCAGAGCCUGACGGCGCUCACCUCCCAGGUGGAGAACAUCUCCAACACCGUCCAGCAGCUGCUGCUCUCCAAAUCGGCCGUGCCCCAGAAAAAAGGCAUCAAGACCCCGGCGAGGACCCCCGAGCAGCUCAAGGGGCAGCACUGCAGCCCCGAGAGCAGCACGUACUCCGCGGAGCAGGUCGGGACGCCCCUGUCCGACCCGCUCAGCACCCCGCAGUCCGUCCACGCCGAGACGCAGGACGCCGACUAUCUCAGCGGCUCGGAGGACCAGCUGGAGAGGAGCUUCCUGUACUGCAACCAGAACCGCAGCCCUGCCCGCGUCAACAGCAACUCCAAGGCGAAGCCCGAGUCCGUGUCCACCUGCUCCGUCACCUCCCCGGAUGACAUGUCCACCAAAUCGGACGACUCCUUCCAGAGCAUCCAUGCCAGCCUGCCCCUGGAGACCUUCACCAAGUACGUGACCAACGAGCGGGACUGUCCCCGGCUGCUCCUCAGCGCGCUGUCCCAGGAGGAGCUGGCCUCCGAGAUCAUCGUCCUGCAGGACGCCAUCAGCGAGAAGGGGGACAAAGCCUGGGCCAACUCGCCCAUGUUGAGCAAGGAGGCCACCAAGUCCCCCUUCCAGCUGGAGAACCACCGGCCGUGCCUGGACUCCAUGGUGAAGGGCGCGUGGCCCAGCCAGGGCGACUCCAGCACCCUCACCGAGCCCCUCAAGCUGGACAAGGCUUCGGGGGGCAGCGCGGGGAAGGACUUUGGUGAGGAGGUGUAUGAGGGUCCCCAGGUGGAGUUCGCGGCCACCGAGACCAAGGACUCGCUCAAGGAUGCGGCCCCGCUGGCCUUCAAUUCCAAGCCCAGCAUCCCAGCCGCCACUUCCAGCGCGGGGGCCUCCAGCUUCAGCUGCUACUCGACCACCACGGCUAACUCAGUGGACUCCGAAAACGCCAUGGAGCACUUCGAGUGGCCGGAGGAGAGCCUGGGCGAGGCGUGCCUCAGGUGGAAGGAGCUGGGCUCAGGCCUGCAAGCCUCCGACCUCCCCAAGGGCUUGUUCCCCAGCAAAAUGGUGGGGUCCUGCAAGGAGAAAAAAAAUGCCUGCAGCUUGGAUCUGUGCGACGGCGAGCAGCCGGCCAAGAGCGAGCCGGCCCGGGACUUUGCCCAGCAGGCGAUGGAGGAGGAAGAGGAGGAGACGCUGACCUACGACGAGGCCACGAAGGCAGACAGCGAGAGGUGGCUGCAGGACACCCGGCACUGCUGCUCAGCCGGGGACUUUGGUGAGAUCCCCAUGAUCUCGUCGCCGGAGCUGAAGGAGUCGGACCUGGAGGCGGAGGAGUACUCCUCGCUCUGCGAGCUGGCGGGCGCAGAGCAGAAGUCGGUGCCCUACGACGCCUCACCCCCCAAGCCCCCGGAGAUGCCCGCCGUGCUGUCGGCCAGCGAGGUGCCCGUGUCCGCCGAGGAGACCGUCAGCACGGUGGAGAAGGACGGCUCUGCGCCCUCGGCGCGCCUCUCCGGCCAGUCCGUCAUCCUGCUGGGACCUGCGGUGGGCACGGAGACCAAGGUGAAGAGCUGGUUCAAGUCCUCCCUGCCCCACAUCCAGCCCGAGGAGAGCGGCGGAGGGGAGAAGCCUCUCCCGGAGGUGGCAGACUCCGAACCCUUGAAGAAGCAGCUGGUGCCCGAAACCGUGCUGGGGAAGACGGAGCCUGUCUCACGGGGCAAGAGCCUCCGCAACAAGAGGGUCCACUGCCGGCUGCCGGAGGGGGACAGCGCCGGCAGCGCGGUGCCGAGCCCCUUCGAUGAGCUGCCGGUGGCGUGCGUCAGGCCGGACGGGCAGGUGGAGAUGCCGAGCAAGAACGCCCACAGCCAGACGCCCAGGUUUGCGGCGGAGGGCUUGCCGGCACGCAUGUGCACCCGCUCCUUCACCGCCCUCGCCGAGCCCCGCACCCCGGCCCCGCUGGAGGGGCUGAAGGUGCCGGUGCACCAGGAGAAGCUGGGGAAGAAGCCGGCCUGUGGGGUGAAGCAGCGGGUGGCUUUCAAAGCCAGGAAGCGCAGCGGCCGGCCGGCCCCUAAAGUGGUCCAAAACGCCGGCGGCGAUGCCACCCUCCUGGUGCCUGGCUUGGUGCCGGCCGAGGAGGCAGCGGGGCCGACGCCGCCGGAGGGGGACGCGGUGGACGCGGGGGAGAGGGACCAGCGGUCGAUGAUCCUGCGCUCCCGGACGAAGACGCAGGAGGUUUUCUACACCAAGAGGCGGCGGGGCAAGCGGGCGGCGGACGUGCGGCUGAAGAACUGCAAGGCGCCCAAAAAGCUCAUCAACAACCACCUCCCCCCCGCCUUCAAGCUGGCCCCCCCGGGCAGCCCCCACAAGGAGGGCAAGGUGGGCGCCCGGAUGAAGCUGCCCAAAGCGGGGCCGGGAGUGGGCGGCAAGAUGUCCGAGCGGCCCCUGCACUCGCUGAAGAGGAAGUCCACCUUCAUCUCCCCCAUCCCCGCCAAGAAGAGGAACCUGGUUCUGCGCAGCAACAGCGGCGGCAUGAAGGAGGAGAAGCCCGAGGGUCCCCCCAGCCUCUUCAAGAAGAUGCCCGUGGCCAAGAAGGUGAAAGCAAAGCUGCCCCCCAAGAGCCCCGGUGAAGCCGUCCCGAAACCCCCCCCGCCAAAGGAGGCCCCCGACGUCUGCAUCAAGAUCACCUCCCGGGCGGCCUUCCAGGAGGCCACCAAGACCAAAGUGCUGCCUCCCCGCAAGGGCCGCGGCCUCAAGCUGGAGGCCAUCGUGCAGAAGAUCACCUCGCCCAACCUGAAGAAGUUCGCCUGCAAGCCGGCAGCCACAGCAGCGGCGGCGGCGGCGGUGGCAGCCACCUACGGCACGUCCCUGAGCCCGGCGGGGGCAGAGCGGGAGCGGGCGGUGAAGCACGGCGGCGUGGCCCCGGCGGUGGGUGACGCGCGGCUGCCCAAACCGGCGGCGGCGCAGAAAGCACCCGCAGCACCGUCGGCUGAGCAGUUCUGCCGAAACCCCCACGGCAGAGCGCUGAAGGGGAAGCCGGGCAGCGGGAAGAAACUCUCCGCCGACGGCUUCCAGGGUGAGACGUGCGUGCCGGCCGUGGUGGCACCGCCCGGCUCGGCGGUGGUGGCCAAGAACGUGGCGCUGCUGCCCAAGAAGAGGAACCGCAAGGGCAAAGCGGCAGCGCUGGGCAUGGCCAAGGCGCCCCUGGGCCCCGCGCUGCCGCUGCCACCCCGCGAGCGGGCGGCCGGGCCGGGCGGCGGGGACGAGGCGCCGCGGGAGGGCAAGAAACCAAAGAGCGAGGAGAAGGAGGCGGGGGGCGGCGAGGGCCCCGAGGGGCGUUCCACGGGCGGGCCGGCGCGAGGGCCGAAGCCGCGGGCCAACCACGCCAACUACAACGGCUACUCCAAGCGGCAGCGGAAGCGUCUGGCCCAUGGCAAGGCCAAGGCGGUGCCGUCGCGGUGCAAGAGCCGGGGCAAGCGGCGGCGGCAAGCCCAGCAAGCGCCGCUGCUGCACCCCGCCGAGCCCGAGAUCCGCCUCAAGUACAUCUCCUGCAAGCGGCUGCGGGCCGACAGCCGGGCCCCCCCCUUCGCGCCCUACGUCCGCGUGGAGCGGCGCGGCGAGUUCACCACCGCCUGCACCGUCGUCAACUCGCCCGGAGAGGAGGCCCGGCUGCAGCGGGGGCCCGCCGGCACGGCGCCGCGGCCGCGGGCGGCCCUGCCCGCCUCGUCCACCAUGCACCUGGGGCCCGUGGUGUCGAAGGCGCUGAGCGCCGCCUGCCUGGUGUGCUGCCUGUGCCGAAACCCCGCCAACUACAAGGACCUGGGGGACCUGUGCGGGCCCUACUACCCCGAGGACUGCCUGCCCAAGAAGAAGUCGCGGCUGAAGGAGAAGGCGCGGGCGGAGGGCGAGGAGGCCGGCGCGGCGGAGCGCGGGCCGAAAGGGACGGAGAGCAGCUGGGCGGCCGGCGGCAAGCCGCCGAGGCCGGAAGGUGCCGCCGAGGCUGCCAAGCAGAGCUCGCUCCGCUCCAGCCCCCGGGGCAUGUUUCGCAGGCUGCAGAGCUGCUACUGCUGUGACGAGAGGACAGAGGGCGAGGAGGCGGCCGAAAAGCCCCGGAGGCACGAAUGUAGCAAAGCCGAGUCCCCGCCGCAGGAGCCGGCGGGCGACACGCAGGAGCACUGGCUGCACGAGGCCUGUGCCAUAUGGACCGCUGGGGUUUUCCUGGUGGCGGGGAAGCUCUACGGGCUGCAGGAGGCCGUCAAGGCGGCUGCCGACGUGAAGUGCUCGAGCUGCCAGCAAGCGGGAGCCACGGUGGGCUGCUGCCAGAAGGGGUGUCCCCACACCUACCACUACGCGUGUGCCAUCGACACAGGUUGCUCACUAACCGAAGAGAGCUUCUCUCUGCGAUGUCCCAAGCAUAAGAGGCAGCCCGUGUAGCGGCGCGGGAGGCGCAACGGCCCCCGCCACCAGCGAGGGACCCGCGGGGGUGGCAGCGCCACCGUCCCCAGCACGGAGCCGUCGGGGGCCACCGGAGGAGCGUGGCCCCCGAGGUGGGCACAGCGCUGCCGGCCGCCCCCCGGCCUCUCUCCCCGGGGCCCCCCCCCUCGGGCGGGCAGAGCCCCCGGGGUGGAAGAACGGGGCCGGGGGGCACGGAGCCCCCCGGGGUGGCACGGCCGGGUCACCGGCCCCGGUGACACAGAGACUGCUCCAGGACUACGUGAGCUGCACAGGGGUGGGAUGGGGUGGGGGGGGGGGGUGGGGGGGGGGGGGGGGGGGGGGGGGGGCCGUGUACGAGGGGGUCCCGGCGAUGUUGUCUUACUUCGGGGCUGCCGGACCCUGCGUGGGUCCCGGGUCUCCGUAUCUCACACUGAUCUGAUCUGAGAUGUUGCCUUCAGCAAACCUCAUGGUGUCUGUCUGUAUAUAUGUGCGCGACGGAGAAAAGAAAAAAAAAAAAAAAAAGGAAAAAAAAAAAAGGAAAAAAAAAGAAAAAAGACCAAAAAAAAGAAAAAA